AUGUCGGAAGCCAUGUACGGCGACGAUUCAAUCCCACCGACCGUCGGAUCUGGUUCCAGUUCUUUCGAGGUUGAAGCGCUCGAGAUUUAUGAGACUUCCAACAUUGAAUUUCAUCAGAAUCACAGCGAUGAUGAUCUGACUGAUGAAGACGAUGACCUUCCUUCGCUUCGUGACCUCUUGGAAUGGAAGUGGAAACGAAAUCCUGACAUCAUCGAUCUGACAGUAGAGGACGACGUGGACUCGAGCCUCUCAUCACCCCCAUCUCCAGCCCUAGAGAUAAUCACUGCUCCAAUGUUAGUGGCCCCAGCCCUAUCUUCUGCGAUCACUCCGCCACAACCUCCUCCGUCGCCUACACAGCCAUCAGAGCCUUCUACAACACGCAUCGUAGGUACGACUUCUCCAGUAACUCGAACACCGAGGAGGACGCCGUUCAAAAACAUACCGUGUUGGUCAGCGUUUCGAGAUAGACCCUUGCAAAUAUCAGGUAGAUCCUCGGACGCUACUAGGCUAGCUGUCGGGACGGAGAGUGGUUCAGAGAGCGACAGCGAUGUUGAAAGAGCGAUAAUGCAGCAUCCAGUACUCCUCGACGCGCACAGCGAUGCAGCCGACAAAGCCUGUCGCGUGGCACAUUCCGCAAGCCCUCUAAGAACCGAGGACAUUGCUACGGGAGGACCAACAUUCGACCCGGCGCCACAUAUUUCUACAGGCAAUGCAGAUUCGUUCGAAAUCCCUGAAACACCGUCAGUGCUCGAGAAAACGCGGUGCCCAGUACACCCCUCGGUGGUGAGGGUUGUGGGUAAGCGUCUACACACGAAACGGCCUCAAUACCUUGUUCUGUGCUGGAUGCAUCCUCCGGAAGGCGGAGCGUCUGAUUCGGAUCUCGAUCAUCGCUUCCGCGAGUACGACAAAAAGGUCUCACGAGACCUAGCACAACAGGAACGCCUGUCUACUCUGAGAUCAGGAAAGCAGCUGAAACUCCAACUGAAGCACUUCCCAGCGGACCAGAACCCUGGUCGGUCUCGGAAGAGGCAAAGGACUUGUGCUGCUGCCUCCGCAUCUCAGAACCAUGCCUAUCCCUCUCGUCAAGUGGUUGAAGAUCUCUUCCUUGACGUGGAUGUCCGUUCAGUGGAUCUCAAUCCCAUCUAG